AAUUGACGCAACCUUAGCAUCUGCCGAUAGAAGAAAAAACAUAAUUUUUUUCAUUUCAUCGGCAAUUUCUGUGUAUUUAAUUUGAUUUAAUAGUUUCAAAGCAAUGAAGUUGCUUUAUAGUUUAGUGUUAGCAGUAACUGCCUUCUUGGUGCUUACAGGUGAUGCUGAUGGUCAGAAAAGGCAAAGUGGAGGAUCCACCUUAGGUGAUAAAGUGCAACAGCUUGUUGAUUGGAAUGCAAAAAAGCCGAUUCUUCGCUUCAAUGGCCAUAAAUUUAAGGAAUAUGUGAAGUCGGCGCCGAGAAAUUAUUCCGUGAUUGUUAUGUUUACAGCACUUCAACCAGCAAGACAAUGUGUGAUCUGUCGACCGGCAUCUGACGAGUACACAAUUCUUGCGAAUUCAUAUCGUUACUCAUCAUCCUAUACUAACAGGUUAUUCUUCGCAAUGGUAGACUUUGAUGAAGGUUCAGAUGUUUUUCAAAGUCUUCGAUUAAACACGGCACCGGUUUUCAUGCAUUUUCCAGCAAAAGGCAAAGCUAAGAGUGGUGAUACCAUGGACAUUCAACGUGUAGGCAUUUCAGCAGAAGCAAUUGCAAAAUGGGUUCAGGAAAGAACUGAUAUUCAAAUCCGAAUUUUCCGUCCACCGAACUAUUCUGGUACAGUCGCCGUAAUUAUGCUUGUUGCUUUUGUCGGUGGUUUCUUAUAUCUUAAAAGAAACAAUUUGGAGUUUCUACAAAACAAACAACUUUGGGGUUUGCUUGCCGUACUCUUCACAUUUGCAAUGGUAUCGGGUCAGAUGUGGAAUCACAUCAGAAGUCCACCUUUUGUUCAUAAAGCACAGAAUGGUGGAAUUUCAUAUUUCCACGGUUCGUCUCAGGGACAAUUAGUUUUCGAGACUUACAUUGUGAUGGUUCUGAAUGGUCUGGUUGUCGUUGGAAUGAUUCUUCUUACCGAAUCUGGAAGUCAAAGUGACAUGCGUAAAGGAAAAUUAAUGGCAAUCGUUGGUCUCGUGUUUGUGGUCGUUUUCUUCUCACUUCUCUUAUCAGCAUUCAGAGCAAAAGCUCAUGGCUAUCCCUAUAGUUUCUUAUUCAAAUAAAUUUUAAAGAAUUGUAGAGACAACCCCAAAGAUCAAACGAGCUUUAUUUAAGCAUCGACCAGCGAUUAGAGAAAUUUUCUGUGAAGCACAUUUUUUGAGUGGAAUAUUCGUGCAACAAUCUCAAUUCUGUAAGAAAAUCAAGAGUUAAUAAAGAUGGGACAUAAAUCCAGAAAACAUUUUCAACAAU